AUGAUUACCAAAUACUUUGCAAAAGUCGUCGUGAAGUUCAAUCCCUUUGGGAAAGAAGCCAAGACUGCAAGACUCCUCCUAAGUUCAAUUCCACCGGCACAAAGAUUGCAGGGCACACAAAUACAGACUGAAGUGCUGACAGCGCAGUCGAACAAGAGCCCCAUAGUCAGGAUAACGUUCAAAGACAAGCAUGAGAUGGAGCUAGAUCCAUCCACUGCGAAUUUCCAAGAGCUAAGCAGCUAUUUUGACCGCCACUCAAGACAAUUGAGGCUAAAAGAGAGCAUUGAGAAGAGCUGA